CGUGCCAAUCAUGAGCGUCAUUAGAGCUGAUGACCGUUACCCCAGAUAGUGGGCGGUGUUGGGGGCUAUGUGGAGAGCAGGCAUGUCGGAAGAAAUCGGGAAGGCGCUACAGACGGUAGUGGAGCGGGUAAAGCAGGCGGCUGCCCGCCGUUCGCAGACUCUGCCCUGUAUCAGUCCACGGCUGGUGGCUGUCAGCAAGACGAAGCCACCAGAGAUGGUGAUUGAGGCGUACCGACAGGGGCAGCGUAACUUCGGGGAGAACUAUGUUAAUGAACUUGUGGAGAAAGCGUCAGACCCUCAGAUUUUGUUGUCGUGUCCAGAAAUCAAGUGGCACUUUAUUGGGCACUUACAGAAAAACAAUGUCAACAAACUCCUGGGUGUGCCCAAUCUGUUCAUGGUGGAGACGGUGGACUCAGUGAAGCUGGCCGAGAGGGUUAACGGCUCCUGGCAGAGACUCAGGGCUGCCAACACUCAGAGGUUGAAGGUCAUGGUGCAGGUCAACACCAGUGGGGAGGACAGUAAACACGGGCUUCCCCCCGAGGAGACGGUGCAAACGGUCAAACACAUCGUGUCCCAGUGCCCCGCCCUCCACUUUAUGGGUCUGAUGACUAUUGGCCGUCACGGCUAUGACCUCAGCAAGGGCCCCAACCCUGAUUUUCAGAUGCUGUUGAACCAUCGGCAGGAGGUGUGCGACAGUCUGCAGCUGCCCCUGGCGGAGGUGGAGCUCAGCAUGGGCAUGUCCACCGACUUCGAGCACGCAAUUGAAGUGGGCGCUACCAAUGUGCGUGUGGGAAGCACCAUCUUCGGGGAGCGGGACUACCCCAACACGCCCAGCCCCGAGAGGAGGCCGAAGGUAGGGGCUGAGGAGGCCGCCGGGAAGAUGGAGCGGCUCGCCGUGUCCGAUCACUGAACCUGUGGAUGUUCCUGGAGGGUACAGAAAGUGCUGGAGGCUAACAGGGGAGGUGGAACAGAGCCCAGUCCAACGACAGGAUCACAGAUCGAACAGCACUUCAGAACGGAUCUAGUUGGCAUGGUGCUUGGCAGCUGGAAAACUUACCUUCAAAACUAACCCCCCCCCCCCCAUCCCCAAACUCAACGUGGUGUUACUUAUAUCUGUGAGAUUAAUGUGUAAAUGAAAAUACUGUAAUUUUUGAAACCUCAGCACUGGGUAACCGGAUUACUGGAUUGCAGCAAUCGUGUUAUCGGGUAGACAUCCUGGAAUCGCAUCUCGACUUGCAACUUCAUGUCCUGCUUCUGCACUCAUGUGAGGGGGUGGGGUCUGCUUCAAGGAGGCGGAGUCUGCGUCAGCCUGAAUGGGGGAGCUGGGGCAUGGAUGCUCGAGUUGCCGAAGCAAUUGGCUUGGGAAGAGGUUUUUACAAUAAUUCAUUAAUCAAAUUAUGGCACUGUAAGUUGGCUGGUUUUUUUUUAGAUGCUGUACAUUUUGUUCCUCUAACAAGUAUAAUUUCUCCUUAUGUAAAUGUCUUAUGACUUAAGUCACUGUAACCCACCGUUACAGUGAGAUGCCAUCCGUUUAACACGCAUAUCAUUCAUUAAAUUUUUGAGGUGAGGUAGGGGGGGGUCACUUUUACAUCUCUUAAGUAUUAUCCCAUAAGUUUGGGUUAAAUAUGUGAAGAUACAAUAAAUAAAGAAGAUAAUCGCUG